AUGUCCUCUAUUAAUCGUAUAGCAAAUGUUGCUAGCCAUUUGUCAAAUUCUCAAAUAAGUACUAACAAUAAUGCUAGUGGUGAUAUUGGUUUAAUCGGAUUGGCCGUUAUGGGUCAAAACUUGAUCUUAAAUGCUGCUGAUCACGGCUACACUGUUGUUGCUUACAACAGAACCGUCGCAAAGGUUGAUGAAUUCUUGGCCAACGAAGCCAAGGGUAAGUCCAUCAUUGGAGCUCACUCUAUUAAGGAAUUAUGUGCCAACUUAAAGAGACCAAGAAGAAUUAUCCUUCUUGUUAAGGCUGGAUCUCCAGUUGAUGCUUUCAUUGAACAAUUACUCCCAUUCUUAGAAAAGGGUGAUAUCAUCAUUGAUGGUGGUAACUCUCAUUUCCCAGAUUCUAACCGUCGUUACGCUGAAUUAGGUGAAAAGGGAAUCUAUUUCGUUGGUUCUGGUGUCUCCGGUGGUGAAGAAGGUGCCCGUUAUGGUCCAUCUUUGAUGCCAGGUGGUGCCAAGGAAGCUUGGCCACACAUUAAGGAUAUCUUCCAAGAUAUUGCUGCCAAGACUGAUGGUGAGCCAUGUUGUGACUGGGUUGGUGAAGCUGGUGCAGGUCAUUACGUCAAGAUGGUCCACAACGGUAUCGAAUAUGGUGAUAUGCAAUUGAUUUGUGAAGCCUACGACUUGUUAAAGCGUGUUGGUAAGUUUACCGACAAGGAAAUUGGUGACGUUUUCGCCAAGUGGAAUAAGGGUGUUUUAGACUCAUUCUUGAUUGAGAUUACCAGAGAUAUCUUGUACUUCAAUGAUCCUACUGACGGUGUACCAGUCUUAGAAAAGAUCUUGGAUACUGCUGGUCAAAAGGGUACUGGUAAGUGGACUGCUAUCAAUGCUUUAGACUUAGGUAUGCCAGUUACCUUAAUUGGUGAAGCCGUCUUCUCUAGAUGUUUAUCUGCUCUCAAAUCUGAAAGAGUUAGAGCUUCCAAGGUUCUUGGUGGUCCAUCUGUUGAAGGUGAAUCUCCAAUCACUGACAGAGAAAAGUUUGUUGAUGACUUAGAACAAGCCUUAUACGCUUCUAAGAUUAUCUCCUACGCUCAAGGUUUCAUGCUUAUCAGAGAAGCUGCCAAGGAAUACGGUUGGAAGUUAAAUAACCCAGCUAUCGCUCUUAUGUGGAGAGGUGGUUGUAUUAUCAGAUCUGUUUUCUUAGGUGAAAUCACUUCUGCUUACCGUGAAAACCCAGACUUGGAAAACUUAUUGUUCCACCCAUUCUUCAAGAAUGCCAUCACCAAGGCUCAAUCCGGUUGGAGAGCUUCUAUCGGUAAGGCUAUUGAAUACGGUGUCCCAGUACCUGCUUUCACUACUGCAUUAUCUUUCUACGAUGGUUACAGAUCAGAAAAAUUGCCAGCUAACUUGUUGCAAGCUCAAAGAGAUUACUUCGGUGCUCACACUUUCCAAACUUUACCAGGUAAGGAAAAUGACUUCUUAAAGGGUGACUGGAUUCACGUUAACUGGACUGGAAGAGGAGGAAACAUUUCCGCUUCUACUUAUGAUGCUUAG